AAACCCACCCAGCCCAGAGUCAGUGCCCACACCCCUCCUCCACUCUGCCGCUCAGUCUUUCUCUCUUUCAGCUGUGGACCAGUCCCUCAGCCUACCUCACGUCCACAAAGUGACCACAGCUUCUUCUCCAAACAUCUUCGGAUCUCCUUGGCUUUUCCAUUCUUGACCUUUUUUGGGUUGUUUUUUUUUUUUUGUGGCUCCCUCACUCUCUGCCGUGUGAGGACUUCAGUGACGUUGCUCUCUACCCCCCUCCCUACACCCCCAGAAGUGCGCUCGGGAGUCUCUUCAUUCAUCACGGCCCAGGACCGGAUUUGACCGCCAUGAAUGUUCAGCUGCUUCUCCUGUUGGCCGUCUGCGCCUUCACACAUGCAAGUCCCACCGCCCUCCCAACAGACCGUGACAUUUUUGCAACUGACUCAGUAGCAGACGUCACCUCGCAGGCCACGGAAGCCAGCAAGGAUCUUGAAGUGGUCACCGGUCCCCCUACGACUGAGCCGCCAACGGCCAAAGAACAAGUGGUGACAGACACCGUGACCGAGGCGCCUUCACCUCAGGUUACAACCAACGGCGAGGAGGACCCUGAGGUUGAGACCGAAACCCCUGCUCCCGCUGCAACUGCAGAACCUGAGCCCCUUACCACUCAGCCCCCUGCUGUGGAGACCGAUGUGCCAACUGAGCCUGCCGUGGUCAGCCCUCAGUGGACGGAAGCUAGCCAGGCCAACACGGGCGAUGAAGUGAUUGUAGAAGACGACGCAGCAGAAGGCCUGAGCUCUGGUCAGGUGGUUGGCAUCGUGAUUGGUGCCUUGUUGGCCGUGAUCAUUGUCGGCGCCGUGGUGGUUGCUGUUGUGAGGAGGAUGGGAAAAUAUUCGCCUUGAAGAAGAACAAGAACAAGAAGCCGGCAAAGCAGCAGAAGUUGUCAAAGUUCUGGAAAUUCUGAACUACUGAACUGUGACGUCAUUAUCAAUCAUUAAAAAAAAAAAAAAAUCAUCGUGACACCGGAAGUUAAUUAUUCUAACCCGGACUCUGGACUGUUGCCAAAAAAGAAGGCACGGGAGGCUAGUAUGUGUGUUUGUAUGUACUGUACUGUAUGCAAGUACCGUAUUUUUCGGAUUAUAAGUCGCACCGGAGUAUAAGUCGCACCUGCCGAAAAUGCAUAAUAAAAAAGGAAAAAAACAUAUAUAAGUCGCACUGGAGCCCGGCCAAACUAUGAAAAAAACUGCGACUUAUAGUCCGAAAAAUACGGUAUGUCUAAUGUAUGUAUGUAUGUAUGUCAGACAAGAGGAGUACUCGUUGCUCGGCUCAUUUACUUCAUGAACGCCCCCUGGAGGGAUUAUUCUAAAAAAAUAUUCCGGAUUGGAUACGAGAUAUUUUAAGGGCUUAAAGUGAUAGUUAGAUUUUCCUAGACACUGUAGUACUUUAAACAAAGGAAGCCAGCAGGCCGCUUCCUGGGUUCACAGAGGAUGAUAUACUGUAGUAUGAUGGCACAGCACCAUUUUGUUUCCAUUGGGAUUCAAAACAGCAAAGAAACUGUUGAACUGAAAAAAAUGCUAACAAAAGUGAAACGUCAAUCACAGGUUCAUAUUUGCGUUUGUUUCAUCCAAAAGUGGAGCAUAUGGAAAGUAAGGUAAAAAAAAAAAAAAAUACAAGGAGUGCAGUAUUUUUGAGGCGGGCAGCAACUAUUUUAUGACUUAAAUUGGAGAGAAAAAAAAACUAAAUUCUUGUAACAGAAGUAAGGAAAUGUGGUUUCUGUAUUGUUUGUAUUGUAUUUGUUAGUUUGCAUGCUACUUUUGUGUGCUUUCUUCUAGAGGUGGGAAUCUUUGGGCACCUCAUGAUUCGAUUACGAUUCAGGGGUUACGAUUUGAUUGUAAAUCGAUUAAUAAUGUAUAUUUUAUUACUAUUUUACAACCUAUUAUUAUUAUUAUUACUAUUAUUAUUAUUUAUUGUAAAUGUAUUAUACCUAAUUAUUAAUACGUAUAAAAGGCUCCUCCUAUGGCAAAUGACGUAUGCAGUAUUGCCUCAUUUCCGCUUUUGGAUGUGAGUGCGCACAGCAUAGAUAUUUAUGUGUAAUAAUAGAUACAUGAGAAUUGCCUGCUAAGUGCUAAAAUAAAUAAACCUCCCCACUAUAUCUGCCCCCUAUGUACCCAUUCAUAUCCAUGGCUGACAGUGUUGCCACACUAAAUGAUAUUAUUCUCUCUCCCGACUUAUUAAUAUACUUACUAAUUUCCUCUUCUGAGCUGGUUACUACUCUGUUGUAACAUACUGUAGUUAAACUUUUGUUAAAGUGUACAAAACAUGUAUUUAGGGACCGAGUCCCUUUGGGACAGAGGACCCUAUUGAAUUUCUAGCGUUUUAUUAUUAUACCGCCGCCUAUUUGAGCUGUAAUUUGACCCCCUUAACAUGCUUCAAAACUCACCAAAUUAGACACACACAUCAGGACUGGCGAAAAUUGCGAUCUAAUCAAAAAAAAAAAAAAAAAAACGCAAAAUUGCGCUCUAGCACCCCCUAGGAAGAAAACACAGACACAACUGCCUCUAACUCCCAGUAGGAGUGUCAUGACAUGAAACAAAAAUCUCUAUGUAGGUCUCACUUAGACCUAGAUUUCAUACCGUGACAACCCCCAGGAGAAAUCAACAGGAAGUUUGCAAUUCCCCCUUCAAAACUAAAGUUGAGUAAAAACAGUCACCUUUUUUCAAACAUUAUCUCCUCUGAGCGCGUUUGUCGUGUCGGCUUCAAAUUAGCACAGGAGAGAGAUUGAACCCUUCUGAUUAAAAGUUGAUGAAAGAGUUUUAAUUACUGCUCCGGUUUGGAUUUUAUUAGCCCUCAAAGUCGGUCCCGUCAAUCGCUGCUUGCAGCUUUAAUCUUCUCUUGUUUCACGACUUCACAUUCAAGCUAGCGUAGCGCCACGGCUAGCCUAGCUUGUCUUUUCUUUUUCCCGUCCCUGUGUGUGUCUGCGCUAGGUUGGAAUUUUUAAAACUGUCUCUAUUACUUAAACACACUUAAAUAAUCGAUUCAGAAUACACGUUCCAAUCUUAAUGCAUUGGAGAAUUCAUCAUUUUCCCCACCUGUACUUCCUUGACAUGUGUUGACGCGUAAUCUUGCUAGCUAACAAACUAACAAUAGUUUUCAUGAGCGGCAGAGGAAAUUAAACACACUCUAGUUACACAAGAACAGCAAUGAUGGUUAUAAAUUCCACACGAUGUAUAAAAAGACUACGUUAGACGACGUCACGUAGCGUAAAGCUAACAUUAGCGGCUGUUUGCUAUUAUUUUCCUUAUUUUCACUGACGCACCUUGUGUAGAAGUGGCCGGAACAUCAAAAUGUCGCACUGUCGAGUGUGUGGUAACAUAAAAGAAAAGGUGCCCUUGUGACAUUCUGACUAAUUUAACACUGACAUCUAAAAACCUAAUACAUAUCUGUGAAAUUUAGCAGAAGGGUUUGUGCCACUGACACUGGUUUUCUUCUGGUCGAUUGGAGCUGGAUGUUCAAGUGUAUCAUCACCGUGUACGUCACUUAAAAAAGUAACUUUAAUGUUAAGUCUGCUACAAAUUCUGUGUUGUGAGUUCCUUACCAGAUUUGGCCGUGGCACUUAGUUCAAAUGCACAGGCGCUAAUAAUGCCCUGCUUUGUUACUUCAUCAGUGUGCGUGCAAGGGUGUACAAAUAAUUAAAGUCUCGGCUUGGCUUCGCUUGCCUUACCAACUUGCGUAAUGUGCACUAAAUGAGUGAUGUAAUGAUCGUUAAUGAAUAGGCUUUAAGACACAGCAAAGGUUUGCAACGACGUGUUUUUGUUUUUCCUCCCUCCCUGCCUUGCCGUAAUACCAGGUUCAUUUGUGCCAUCGUGUUUUGUUUCAAGCCUUUUAUUUAAUUGCGGUGUUUUUUUGUUUGUUCAUACUGUUUCAAUAAAAAAAUAAAAUGUAAA